AUGAGCAGCUCUUUGGAGAGGGUUGUGGCCCAGAAGAAGGAGGCCAUUGAGGCAGUGAUGGACAUGUUUGAGAGGGGGGCCGAGGUGUUGGCCAGCGCUGUGGGUGAGCUGUUUCCGCUGUGCGAGGCCGCCGCUCCGGUGCUGCGACUGGCCUUAGACAACGUCCAGAGCAAAGAGGUCUUCUACGUCAAGGAGCAGUUCCUGACGGUGAGUAACAAACUGGAUGUGCUCUCCAGCCAACUGGACGACAUCAACUGUGAGAUCAAGAAGGGCAGGCUGGACUCCCAGUACUUCUCUGUGGAGGAGAACAUCAGGAACCAGUUUAGGAAGUACAUGGACAUCCUGGAGGCAAAACCGCAGUUCAAGGAGGUGAAAACUAGGCUUUUUUUGGAGCACUUUGCAAAAACCGGAGGGGAGAAGAACCUGUUUGUGCUGUACGAUGCUCUAAUGGGAACUAACAGCUUUGGAGAGUCGAUUUUAGAGCUGGUAGAAAGGUAUGUGGCAAGGAACCGCCGCCUCCUGGAAGAUUUCUGUGUCCGGAUGAAGGAGCUUUUCUGCUUGGGUCUGAUUGCUCUGCUGGGCCACUGCGCUUUAACCCAGGGUCAAGAGGAGGAACAGGACAAAAUCCAAGAGUGGAGCAGCAAAAUUGAAGAGGUAGAAUCCAGGAUGAAGACCACCAUCGAGUCCUGUGUUACUGCCUUCCCAGAACAAGCGAAAUUAGACGCCCAGCGCCUCCUGCAAGAGAAAGAGGGAGACACCCUGCAGGAAACAACUCAGCAGCUUUUGGAGUUCUUGGUGAAAAAGUUCGACUGGGUGCGCUGGUCCGUGCGGCUUAUCAACCACUCUGGCAGCACCUACCGCAACUGGCGAGCAGGGGAACAUUUCCAUCACGUGGCGGGACAGAAUUGGUUCGAGGUGCUGCAGGUGAACAACAUCAACCUGGUGGUGUCGUACAGCACCAAACCACAGCCAGUGCCCCACGACUGCAUCCGGCAGGCGAUGGAGGGCCAGGGCAAGAAGGGAAACGCCCCAGCUGUAGUGGAGGUGCUGGAGAAGCAGCUGUGCGGGUUUGUGGUUCACGCAGUCAGUCGCCACAAGGAGUCUGCAGCUGCCUGGAGCUUUCCGGACGACUGCCACUACUGGGAGAGGCAUAAAAAUGUGGCUGUUUGUGUGCACUCAGAGUGACACAUGCUCCUGAUUUUGGGGUUUUGCACUUGAAAGGUGCGUUGAAGCGGAGAUGCUCUCGAUUUAUGUGUCUGCGUAUAACUUAAUACUGAAAAUACUGAAUGUCCUAAACAUGGGAUGCUCUGAUCUGAUUUUCUGCUUUGAUUAGAGGUCUGUAGCAUGAUGCAAGAUUGAAGGUUAGUGAGGUACCUUCAGGUUGAACUGGGUUUUCAGAACUGCAAUGGUUUGCUUCUUAGCUCGGCAUAAACUUACACUGCAAACCCAACUGGAAACUAAUGCUAGCUGUACAACAUGAAUGUUU